GUAACUGGGGAUGCUUUUGAAAGACUCUGCAUGGUUGCCUUUUGUUCAGUCAAAAUUAAUCGUCAAAAUAAUCGGUAGAUUCGUCGAUUACUGAUAUAAUCGGCCGGCCUGUGGCCUCGGCUGCAGACAGGACUGACUGUGGGGUCAGGAGAGUAGAUGAGAGCAGCGUCUCACAGCAGCGGGGUUUUUUCUUUCUUCACUUCUCUCUUCUUUUCCUUCCUUUUCUGUAAACGUCAUCGGCCCGUGGUGAGAAUGGAGGCACAUUUAAUCCUCCGCUUCUGCCUCGUUUUCUUCCAGAUGUGGGAUUUGUCAGCUUCUCAGCAGUUGAAUAAUAACAGGACGGAUGUAAACAGCACAGCAGCAGCGCAUUUCACUGCUGAAGAGAAGCCAGUGACCAUCACAGCUGUGGUCAAUCAUUCUCAUUCAUCAGAAUUAAUAACAAACACUGGACGCGUGACGACUGCUGGACCAGCGUCCACCAAAACCCAUCCUCUAGUUCCUACGACAGGUGUUUCACCGAGCAGCCCAGCCCACAACCCCACGGGCCACCACUUCCAUGCGGGUAGUUUUGUGGGUGGUAUGAUAUUGGCCCUUGUUUUAACACUGGCCAUCUCUCUGGCCUACAGACUGGCCUGUUCUCACCGGACAGUGAGCUACAGAGCACUUGGAGAACAUGAUGCCAUCAUAUAACAGUGGAACUGUUGGAGAGCUUGGCUGCUGUUUUGAAAGCGUGUUUAUUGUGGGAAAGAACUCUGAGGUCGUAUUGUUGUGCUACAGGAUAUGUUCCAGAGUCUGGUACUAAUUAAUAGCUUUUACAGAAAAGCUUUGUUUGGGUUCUUCUGGACUUUAGGCCUCAUUGACCUUUCUGUAUGUGAUUGUGCAAUAGCCGGGGGAAUCACAGAUCAGUGUGGUUUAUUACUGAUAGUGUGCUGUUUAGCUGUCUGGCCUGAAAUGCUCCAUUUCAUUCAGUCUAUUAAGAAACUGCAGCGCCCAACAAAACACAAUGUUGAAGUGCCCCAUUAACUACAAACGACAUUUAUUUUCACAGAUACGGUGCCGUAUUACAGAAACCUUAGGCUUAGUCACCAUGACAACUUCACUUAGGACUGAAUUUAGGACAGAAACUAUUACAGAACAGCAGUUCUUAAGUUCAUAAUCUUAUCCUAAUUCAAGAUAAGAAAACCGCAUUACAGAAACAUCCUAACUAGACAGAAUCUCCUAAAUUCUGCCUUAACUUUAAGAUAAACCCCAGAAGUGUCUUAACUUCUGUUUUAACUGUCUGUUUC